AGAAGUUAUUCAAGAGUUAUUCAAACGCUUGUAUAAUCUGGUUGUUAGUUGGGGAAAAGUCAGGUUGAUUCCAGUGCAAGUUAGAGCUGUGUAGCCAUUUGUAGCUUCAGAUGUUUUCAAAAGUGAGAACAUGUUUGACUUCGGGUUUAGCCAGAUUGCCCAGUUGUGUAAAUUCAAGAGUAACAUCUGUGCCCUGCAAACAUCAGCAUCGCACCUUCAGUUCUGAGUCUGCUGGUGUCAGGGUUCUGUAUGAUGGGCUUUGUCCAAUAUGUGUGACUGAGAUCCGUUUGCUCCAGUUUCUGCAGAGAAACCGGCCUGAGAAAGUACAUUUCAUUGAUAUCUCUCUGCCAGGUUAUGAUGGAACAAAAUACAAGGCUAUCACCUAUGAGAUGGCCAUGAAGGAAAUGCACGUGAUUGAUAAGAAAGACAAGGUUCACAGCGGAGUCCCAGCGUUUGCAGUCAUGUAUAGCGCCGUAGGCCUCGGUUGGUUGGGUCGCUUUAUGAUGUGGUCACCUGUGAGACCAUUGAUGGACAAAUCCUAUGACAUCUUUGCCAGGAACCGCUUAAAGUGGACCGGACGUGGAGAGGAGUGCACCACAGGACGCUGUGAAAAGAAAAUACCCUGACGCUCCAGCACUGUUUUAUAAGUACUGUAAAUAUAUGAAGAACUGCAUAAAUAUCAUGCUGAUAAUCCUGUAAAAAAUGGUUAUGUUGGUUAUGUAGUUCACCUAAAGUAAUUUAAAAUAACAACAAUGAUGCAGAAAUAAAAUUACAACUGUAAAAUAGAGCUGAAGAUGAAUGUAUUCAAAUAAAUAUUUCUGGAUGUACAGGUUUCAUUAAAUGCAGUUUGAAAAUCU